GGAUGCGAGCGGAGGAGAGGAGGAGAGAGGGAUGCCGAAAAAAUGAAACUCCUCAGCACUAAUUUUUCACAUCCCUCUGCAGGAGAAGAUACAGACCAGCCGUACCACAACCUCUAUACAAAGGAGCGGACUAAUACCUCUUUCCGCCGCUGAGUGAACACACGAGCACUUUUUGCUCGCUUUACGUUUACCUGGAGGAAGAUUUAGUGAAGAGGACGAGGAGGAGAAGGACGAAAUCUCAGGCAAAACCUCAGCGGGAAUCUGGCACCCCACCAGCACCAGUGGAUCACACACUAACAGAAUUCGGCAGCUGUUCAAAUCAAAUGAUCUGGAUUACAGAAGACCAAUAGGGAUGGAACGGAACAGAACCAUGGCUGGGGAAGUGUUUCGGAUCACCGUUGCUCAGAAUCAACACUGACCUGGCAGCCACACCGAGGUCCGACCUCCUUCUCCGGCACCCCAAGGACCCUUCUUUACCCCAACAACUGCUUUGCCCUCCAUCUCACCUUCACUCAGCACUCCUGUUGUGGAUCAAACCUCCAAAAAAGCUACUAGUCUUUCAGGGUCUGCCUGCUUUUGUUGUUUUAAUCCCCCUCUUAUGCUUUACCUUCCAGACUGUUGGUUAUAAUCCACAUUCUCUCAUAAAAAGACAGAAGUAUUCCAGAACAGACUAGAAGCAGGUGGCUGAACAGUAUGAAUCCAGUCAUGUACCCCCUUCCACUUGCUCUAAGCAAACAAAGUCGGCGGGGUUUGUUGUCCAAGACACGCCCCCUUAGUCUCAUGACAGACUGGUGCCUAAUGGGUGUGCUAGGCCUUAUCCUGCUCCUCAGCCUGGCCUCGAGCCAGAAGAUAGACCCUUCCAAACACCCCAUAGUCACCACCAACUAUGGUAAGCUCAGAGGCAUCAAGAAAGACUUGAACAAUGAAAUCCUGGGCCCUGUAGAGCAGUACCUGGGCGUCCCCUACGCCACUGCACCCAUCGGCGACCGGAGGUUUCAGCCGCCCGAAGCCCCGGGAUCCUGGCAGGAGAUUCGAAACGCCACCCAGUUUGCCCCUGUGUGCCCUCAGAACGUCCACGGUGUGCUCCCGGAGAUUAUGCUACCUGUGUGGUUCACAGACAACCUGGACGUGGCGGCGGGUUACAUCCAGAACCAGAGCGAGGACUGCCUCUACCUCAAUAUCUACGUGCCCACGGAGGAUGGUCCGCUCACAAAAAAACAUGAUGAAUCUUCAAUGAACAAGCCUCGAGACGAAGAUAUUCGUGAUCGCAGGAAGAAGCCGGUGAUGCUGUUUAUUCAUGGAGGCUCCUACAUGGAGGGCACCGGAAACAUGUUUGAUGCCAGCGUCCUGGCUGCCUACGGGAACGUGAUUGUGGUGACCAUGAACUAUCGGCUUGGCGUGCUGGGCUUCCUCAGCACCGGUGAUCAGUCUGCUAAGGGGAACUAUGGCCUGCUGGACCAGAUUCAGGCCCUGCGUUGGCUCAACGAGAACAUCGGCCACUUCGGCGGAGACCCAGAGAGGAUCACCAUCUUCGGCUCCGGAGCUGGGGCGUCCUGCGUCAACCUCCUCAUCCUCUCGCACCACUCGGAGGGUCUGUUCCACAGGGCUAUAGCCCAGAGUGGAACUGCCAUCUCCAGCUGGUCUGUCAACUACCAGCCUCUCAAGUACACCAAGAUCCUGGCCCGGAAGGUUGGCUGCACCUACACAGAGACGGCCGACCUGGUUGACUGCCUGAGGCGCAAGAACUUCAGGGAGCUGGUGGACCAGGACAUCCAACCAGCCCGUUACCACAUUGCCUUUGGCCCCGUGGUGGAUGGAGACGUGGUGCCUGAUGAUCCUGAGAUCCUCAUGCAGCAGGGGGAGUUCCUCAACUAUGACAUCCUCAUAGGAGUGAACCAAGGAGAGGGGCUGAAGUUUGUGGACGACAGCGAGGACAACGAUGGCAUCUCAGCCGCAGCAUUCGACUACACCAUCUCUAACUUUGUCGACAACCUCUAUGGCUACCCUGAGGGCAAAGACAUCCUGAGGGAAACCAUUAAAUUCAUGUACACAGAUUGGGCGGACAGGGACAAUGGCGACAUGCGAAGGAAGACCCUCUUAGCUCUGUUUACCGACCACCAGUGGGUGGCACCAGCAGUGGCCACCGCCAAGCUCCACGCCGAGUUUCAGUCCCCGGUUUAUUUUUACACGUUCUACCACCACUGUCAGACUGAGACGCGACCAGAAUGGGCUGAUGCCGCACACGGAGAUGAGAUACCGUAUGUGUUUGGCGUGCCCAUGAUCGGUGCCACUGACCUAUUUCCAUGCAACUUCUCGAAGAAUGACGUGAUGUUGAGCGCUGUGGUCAUGACUUACUGGACCAACUUUGCCAAGACUGGGGACCCCAACUUGCCAGUCCCUCAAGACACCAAAUUCAUUCACACCAAGCCCAACCGCUUUGAAGAGGUCAUCUGGACCAAGUUCAACUCGAAGGACAAGCAGUACCUCCACAUUGGCCUAAAACCUCGUGUUAGAGACAACUACAGGGCCAACAAGGUGGCCUUCUGGCUGGAAUUAGUCCCCCACCUCCAUAGUCUGCAUGAUGAUCUCUUCCCCACCACUACCCGCUCGCCACCAGGCCCUGGCUCAGGAACCCACAGACCCUGGCCCAGAACACCUGGCCCUCGCACCACUCGUCACCCCUACCCUACCUUCCCAUCUGAUCCGGAGCCUGAGGGUUCAGAGCGUCCACACCAGGACCUCUUCCCUGGAGAUACCCGGGACUACUCUACUGAGCUGAGUGUGACAGUUGCUGUGGGGGCGUCGCUCCUCUUCCUCAACAUCCUGGCCUUUGCCGCCCUUUACUACAAGCGUGACAAGCGGCACGAGAUGCGACGGCACCGGUUGUCUCCUCAGCGGGGUGGACCUGCCAACGACCUGGCUCAUAGCCAGGAGGAGGAGAUCAUGUCCCUGCAGAUGAAGCACUCGGAGCACGAUGCUCACCAUGACAUGGAGCCACUCCGGCCUCAUGACAUCCUACGGCCCGCCUGCCCACCUGACUACACGCUGGCACUGCGCCGUGCCCCUGACGACGUGCCGCUGAUGACACCUAACACCAUCACCAUGAUCCCUAGUACUAUCACCAGCAUGCAGCCUCUUCAUGCCUUCAACACCUUCCCCUCCACCGGCCACAACAACACCCUGCCCCAUCCCCACUCCACCACCAGGGUAUAGUAGGGACUGGCCCGACACAAUGCCACCUAAGGACCAGGAAGACUGGCUCUGCCACUGAUCUAGAAGGGAGGCCUCUGGAUGUGGGCCUUUGUUCUGUUCUCUUAUUCUCUUGUUUCUCCAAAAACAACUCCACCUCCUCCAUCAUGUGCUGUCAAACGUAGCAGCUCCACUGGUGGCGUGGCGUGGAAGCAACUGAACUGCAUGGCAGCAGAUGAUCAGUUUUGGGGUGAUUUAGAUCUUUAAAAGAUACUGUUUUCAAAGAAGGUCUUCUGUUUCCAGACUAAAGCCCCCUGACAUUUGACAAAGGGACAAAUGCUUUUCGCCCCUUGCAGUUUUCCCUUUUUUUACUUUGGCGUCUUCUUUCUGUCUCCCUGGUGUGUUCUGUGCAUAUAUCGUUCUCUUUUCUACAUCUGUGUCUUAUCCCUGCUUUGCUCCUCUCAUUCGACAUGUAAUUCUCUCCCUCUCCCAAAACUCCUUUGCUCUAAGGAUUCAAAAACUACUGAGCUAUAGGAGGGGGCAUAGAGUAAUCAUAUAGCUAUGAAAACGCUGAUAUCUGAUACUUUCAUUCUACCAGCAUUCUUGGUGCCAAGUAUGUACUACUGUGUUUGCUUUCUCAUCAUGGGAGAAAAAAAGUAAAGGAAAUUCUAGAGUAUUCCUAUUUACUGUCAAUUAACAGAUGCUGUGUGUUCCCAUGACAAAGUGCCAAACUGGCCCUUGAUUGUGUUUUUUCUUUCAUCUUCUGUUUCUUUUUUUCAAGCAUUUGUUUAAUUGUUGUUUUUUGUGGAAAGAAUUUUUGCAGAAAAUAUAGAUAUAGAGAAAUGAUAUUAUAUAUAGUUAUAUAUAAAUGUGUACAAAGGAGAAAGUAUAUAAAUGGGUUUUCUCAGUGGGGAUCUAUGCAUGAAUUAUUUUUAAAGAUGAUGGUGGGGGAAAGGACACUGUAUCUGUCAAUGCACGUUUCCCAAAUCUAAUCAAAUCAUAUCGCCCGCUCUGGAUAUUCUAUUUUUUGUUUUUCCUCACAGAACAAGAACAUCACAUGGAAAUGGAAGUAACACAACAAAUCCUCUUCACCUCCCAAUACCCUUUUAUUAAUUGCCACAAAUCUCAGAAGAUGUUAGGGUCAAAGCAACAACUGUGAACAUACUCUUCCAUUCAUUCUCUCCUUCAUGAGGUUAUUUAGACAUAUUUCUCCAACCAGAUAAUGCAGCACGCCAACAGUAAGCCAACAGCAAGCCCUUCAUCUUACAGUAGCUACUUUCUUUCCAUCAGUAUGGAGAUGAUUGUUUGCUUCGGGUACGUCAGGUACCACAUCUGUUGUUGUAGUUUGCCUGUACAGAAUUAUUUUUGUAUUUUAGUGAGGGUGAGAAAAAAAGCAGAGACAGACAGCUUUUGCUCUUUUACGAAUACCUUCCUUCUCCUGUCUGCACCCCUAUUUCCAGCACAUGCAUAUUCUGUUUGAUGUGUGCCUGUGAGAGAAAGAGUGUGUCUCUAUGUUUGUCUGUUUGUGUGUCUGUGUGUCUGUGUGUGUGUGUGUGUGUGUGUGUGUGUGUGUGUGUGUGUGUGUGUUUGUUGUUGUUUGUUUGUUUGUUUGUUUGUUUGUUUGUUUGUUUGUUUGUUUGUUUGUUUGUUUGUUUGUUUGUGUGUGUGUGUGUGUGUGUGUGUGUGUGUGUGUGUGUCUGUGAUAUCAGAACUGCUUCACGUGGACAUAGGUGGGCCCUAAUUAGACAGCAAAGACAUAGAGAGGCAGACAGGCAGGAUCACCCCCAAAACAUAGACUCCGAAAUUAGCUACUUCCUGCUGCGUACCCAAACACCCCCAUCCAUGUCAACAUCACUUACUCCUCCCAUGUCCUCUGUCCGUCAGUACACUACCUUUGUUUUCAGAACUGACGCCCAUAAUGCAGUGAUCACCCAAAACUCCCAUGCUGUCACCACAAAACUCCAAAACCCCUGACUUCACUGUGUCAGUGCCGUUCCACACAAUUUCUGACCUCAGUUCAGCUCUGCUAUUGUCCUCACAUUCAAGGGUUAAUUCACUAAGCUAGUGACUUUUUGUGAGCUCAUCAGUUGUAAAUUUAACUCUAAGCACACCGAGGGUAACCGGUGGGCCUUGAUGGCCUGCGGCGCAGAGCUGCGAGAUGAAAAGUAGGCUCGGAUCUCCUAAACAGGGUAAAAGCAACACAGUUGAUAACUGCUGUUUCUGAUUCUGCUCUUUUCUUUGGGUGAGAAUGUGCAGGCUACAGCUCAGCGAUGCCCCCCUACGAUUCUCAGCUAAGGAUCUCAAACAUGGAUCAUGGGUAAUAUUCUGGUUAUGUUAACUGAACUGAUGUGCUGUUGUUUGAGCCCACAGGAACACAUGGUAGCCUACAUCCAGUAUGGGAGAAGUUAGUCACCGGUGCUGUCUUUGCUUGUGCUCUAGCUUUAGUCUGUUUGUUUUCUAUUUUAUUACUGCCUAACUGGGUGGUGGGGGAGGGCUGGAAGGGGGGAGAUAUACCUGGCUGCUCCUGUCAGAGAUUUUGUAAGCCCACUGAAAGGGAAAUGUGCACAAUGUAAAACACAAAUCAACUUACUUGGGAGUGCUGCAGGUGGAUAAAUGCUGUGGAACAGAUGAUGGACAGUAGAGGUGCACGCUGUGGGAAAGGGACUUUGGGAGGAGAUUGGAAAAAGACUCACAGCCUUAAAUGUAGAAAUUAAAAUAAAAAGAGAGGAUGAACUGAUCUCUAGCAAAUAAGGACAUUCAAAGGCACGGCCAUCUUUCUACCCACAAUGUUUGCCAGGAAGGAUACCUUGCUGAUCUGUCCUACGGAGGAUCUGAUAUGUCUGAUCAGAUCCACAUGAACCCUUUUGUACUCACUCCUGUGGAUAAGGAGGCAGUGAGGGGUUGUGAAGUAAACCUCACCACAACACAGCUACAGUGACGCCACUGGAGGUGAGAACAGAAACAAGGUAUUUAGUUUGCUCCGAUUUUUCCGUGUCUAUUUUAUAAGCUAACACUGGAGGGCGCCAUUGACUGCAGUCUGCCCACUCUGAGGAAACUGGAUGUGUGAAGAAAAAUACCAAACUUGGUGGCAGGACAGAGACAGACACACAACAUCUGGAAGAGGAUCAAAACUGUACAUUUCUAAGUGUAAGAAUCAAACAGACAAAAUAUUUGUAAAUAUUAAGUUUCUUGUUUGUUUUUCUUUUUUUCUUUUUUGUUGAAGGAAUGAAUGAAACGCUUAUUUUGUGACAACAAAAGACAACAGGUGCAGUUUGCAAAAAAGUGGCCACUAACUUGAGGUUUCAAAUUUACUGGUGAGUAAAAAUGCUUUGCACUGAUCACUUUUCAUGCCGUUAGAAAAUGACUUCACUUUGUCUCAUUGUGUUGCCCGUUAUCAUGUGGGCAUCCUGUAGCAUCAUGAUUUCUAACCAGGAUAGUCACUGUAGCAGAAAUGUAUCUCCACUAGUUUCCAAUGAAUAUUACAUUUUAAAAUCAGAACACCAGUUUCAGUCUGUGGUUUCAUUGAAGGAUCAACUACUCUUUUUGUGUUCAAGCUUUAGCUUUAUAUCGCGAUCCGACUCUACUCCUGAUGAAUCUGUGUGACUUCAGAGUAUUUAUGGAAACAUCUCAGAGGCUAAGAGCUCUGGUAAAAGCCACCUUUGUCCAGUUAACUAAUGUGAUGAUGGUGUAAAGAACUGGCCAGUGGUUCAUGGUCAGGACUUCUAAACUGAGACAGUGAAAUGUUAGCUUACUUCACAUGUAGCAGAGUUUACAUGUAGCCACUUAAUCACACGUGGGACAGACAUGAGGGCUUUGACACCAUAAGAUGCCUCACAUCCUCAUAGAGUAAUGAGAUCACACACGUGGUCCGACUUUUUCCUUCCUCACACUGUGUUGCAUUGUGGGUGUGGAGGUUGUGUUGACCUUACAGUGAUGUGAUGUAGCAGUGAAGAGUGUAACAGUGGAUCAGACUGGAUGUACGUGGACACACACUUAGCCUCGUCUAUGUUAUAAAGUGACUCACUGCAGCCCUGUGGUUCUCACAGUUUGGGCUGGAUUUCGGUUCAUUCGUAACGUGCCCGACAACUGCAGACAGCCAAGCAAAAGGCAACACCUGAUGACUCCAUAUCACUGAGGUUAUUUGGAGAUCCAGUGUCAGGUCAGUGGUGCAUUGAAGCACAUGGUUAACAGCCCACAAUGGUAAACAUACACAAAGACAGUGACACUCACACAACUCUCCAGCUUGGUCUCCAUUGCCAAGUUGCACCUGUUGUCUUGUUUUUACAUUCUUUGUUGAAUUCAGAAACCCAAGACUUGAGAUGAAGACAAAUGUUAAAUAAUGGAAUUUUAAAAAAGAUGAUUAUUAAAAAAAAGUAUAGUAAAACUAUAUAAAUAAAUGAGGUGAUGAUAUUUCUGUUUACUUUAGAAGUUAUUAUACACUGUAUGCUGUGAUUCUGAUCUGGGAAACAUUAAAGACAUUCAUAGCCA